AUGGCAUCGCUUGAAAUUUCGCCAUCAGAGGGCUCUGUUAGUCUUGCACCUGGCGCAGAACGUCAUCAAAAUGUUCAUUAUCAGACAAUCUUUAAUAAUAAUAUUGGCGGCGCUGGUCCAAGUGGUGUUUGCAUUACUGGUGGACCUAUAAAUCCUAUAGGGUUGACAUUGGACUAUUCGAGGGAUUUUCCCGAACUUCCAGAUGCUCCAUCAUCGCUGUCAGUAAAGGAUCACACUGGCGCAUGGAAUAAGCCACCUGCAGUAAAAUCCCAAAUGGUCACACAAGCAUUUUAUUUGCUUGCUGAUGAGCGCGCUUCGAAAAAUUCUGGUAAAAGUUUUGGAACUGGUAAUGAAGAGCAGCAGAAAUGCAAUGAAAUAGCAAAAACAACUAAUACGACUAUCGAAUUGUGUGAAUCGAGGGAUCAUACACUGGCAGUGCUAAUCACGGGCAAAAGAGCAAAAGUUGAAGAAGCGCGUUCGCGUAUUAUUCGCGAAUUGCAAACUCAGGCAACUCGAGAAAUUUCAAUUCCUAAGGAACAUCAUAGAGUUCUCAUAGGAAAGGAAGGCUCGAAAUUACGUCAAUUGGAACAAGAAACUGACUGUCGUAUAAUGGUACCAGCACGCGAUUUACCCAGUGAAAUAAUUAAAAUUGUUGGCCCACGAGAAGGUAUCGAAAAAGCCAUUCAUGAAAUACAACUUGUUAGUGAUAAACAGUCAAAGCUUGCUCAAGAGCAUUUGAUGAUACCAAGAAUUUUUUAUCCAUGGAUUCGAGGUCCCAAUAAUGAAAUAUAUGAUGCAUUAGUGGCCCAGACUGGUGUGAAAAUUAAUAUUCCUCCUCCUUCUGCCAUGAAUGAAGUGAUCACAAUAACUGGUGAAAAGGAAGGCGUACAGAAUGCUGCUGAAGCUAUUCGUAAAAUAUUUGAAGAAAAACGAGCGAUAGCAAAAUCAGUUACGUGUCAGGUUGCACGUGCUCAGCACCGUUUUAUAAUUGGCCCUCAGCGUAAAGGCCUUGCGGAAAUUCUAAAGGAAACAGAUAUAAGUGUAGAAGUUCCACCAGAAGAUCAAGAUUCCGACACGAUUACACUCCGUGGAAAUCCUUGUAAACUGGGAGAAGCAUUAGCCAUGGUUUAUGCUAAAGCGAGUAGUAUUAUAACAGCUGAAAUAAUUUGCGAACAGUGGAUGCAUAAAUUUUUGAUCGGACCAAAGGGAACCAUUUUGCAAACAUUAGUGCCAAAUAAACAGAAAAUUCAAAUUGAUUUCGAACAAGGUGGACUUAUCUAUCUAGAAGGACCGCCUGACGAAGUUCGACUUGCGCAAGAGGCGUUAAACAGUGAAAUCAAGCGCUUAAAGAAAGAAAUGGCAUCCGAAAUGAUGAAAGUUCAUCCAUCGCUUCAUCGGCAUGUUAUUGGUAGAGGCGGAGCAUUAAUUUCGAAGAUCAAGGAUGAAACUGGUGUGCAAAUAUCGAUUCCUAAUGAACAGACAAAUUCGGAUGAAAUAAAAAUAGAAGGGACCAAGGAAGGAGUUAAACGAGCAAUAGAUGAAAUCACUGAAAUAGUUAAACGAAUUGAAAAUGAAAAAUCGCGCGAUAUAAUUAUUGAGCAACGUUUUCAUAAACAGAUCAUUGGGACCAAGGGAGAGGCUAUCCAAAAACUUCGUGAACAAUUCCCAUCUGUUUUGUUUACGUUUCCAGAUAUUGGCAAAAAAUCGGAUAUUAUCAACUUACGUGGUGAUAAAAAUGAAGUCGACAAAGCGUACAAGCAACUUAUGGCUAUAAAUAAAGAACUUUUGGAAAGUAAUUUCCAAAUGGCUGUUCCAAUUUUCAAAGAAUUCCAUAAACAUAUAAUCGGAAAGGAUGGUGCGAAUAUCAAAAAAAUUCGUGAAGAGACUGAAACUCGUAUAGAUUUGCCUAGUGGUGAAACGGGGGAGGAUAAAAUCGUUAUAACAGGAAAAAAGGCCAAUGUUGAGAAGGCUGCUGAUCAACUUACAAAAAUACAAAAUGAGUUGGCAAAUAUAGUCGUAAAAGAAAUAAUGAUACCUCAGAAAAUUCACUCCAGACUACUUGGUGGUGGUCGCCGACUUAUAAUGGAUAUUCAAGACGAAUGUGGUGGUGUACAUAUAAAAUUUCCGUCGGAAAAAAUUGUCUCAGAUAAAGUUACCAUUCGUGGUCCUAAAGAAGAUGUGACAAAAGCAGAAAAAGCUCUUCUUGCUUUAGCAAAAGAUCGAGAACUUUCAAGUUUCGAAGAUUCAACCACUGCCAAACCAGAAUUUCACCGUUUCCUCAUUGGCAGAGGUGGAGCUAGAAUCAAGAAGAUGCGUGAAAAUUAUCCUGAUGUUCGCAUUCUUUUUCCACGUGAUACUGAUACUGAUAAGCAAACAAUUCAUAUUGUGGGCAAAAAAGAAGAAGUGGUUAUUGUUAAGAAGCAACUUGAAGCUAUGGUUAAUGAACUGAAUGAGACAGUUGAAUUAAUGGUGAAUGUUGACCCGAAACACCACCGUCAUUUUAUGGUUCGUGGUGCCGCUGUUCUUCGUGAAAUUCAGGAGCAAAAUGGAGGUGUUAUUAUAUCAGUUCCACGAAUGGGGACUGGUGAUAGUCGAGUGAUAAUAAAAGGAAGCAAACAGUGUGCUGAAUGCGCGAAAGCACGAAUUGAAGAAAUUGUAGAAGAUCUGGAAAUGCAGGUAAGCAUUCAAGUAAAUAUUCCUAGUGUACAUCAUCGCACACUUCUAUCAAAUCGUGGGCAGAAAAUAAUGGAUUUGGGUUCAAAAUAUAAUGUUCAAAUCAAAUUCCCAGACCGAAGGAUUCGUGAUGAUCUUAUUCGUGCUUCACAAAAAGAUAAUGAGGAUAUAUCCCAGUUGGAUAUUAUUACAAUAAGUGGUCGUGACUUGAACUGUGAUAAUGCGGCAAAAGAAUUAUUAGCUCUUGUACCCAUUACGAAAAAUGUUAAUGUUGCAUUCGAACAUCAUCGAUUUCUUAUUGGGAAAGGUGGCGAGGCCAUACGUUCAAUGAUGCAAACACAUGAUGUUAAUAUAUCUAUUCCGCAAGAAUCUGCCAAUUCUAAUGAGAUCGCCGUUACUGGUCCAUCUGCAAAUGUCGAGGAAGCAAUUGCUCACAUUCUAAAACGAGUUGUAGAGUUUGAGGAAGCAGCUGAAGAUCGCCGUCUUCGUUCCUAUAAAUUGGAAGUGGAUGUUCCGUCAGAAUACCAUAUUCGGUUGAUCGGCCCACGUGGAAAGAUCGUUAACGAACUUCGUACUAAGCAUGAUGUACAAAUAUCGUUUCCUCGUAGCGAUGAGCCUUCUAAUACAAUUACUAUUACAGGAUAUCAGGCAAAUUGUGAAGCUUGCAAGAGUGAAAUUGAACAGAUGAUUGGAGAAGUGCAAUCCCUUUUCACGCAGGAGAUUAGUCUUGAUGCUAGCUUUCACCCUCGUUUAAUUGGAAUGAAAGGAAGAAAUUUGAAAAAAGUGAUGGAUGAGUACCAAGUUGAAAUUCGAUUUCCUCGUAGUACAGAUCCAGAUCCUAACCUCGUAGUAGUUGCUGGAAAGGAUGAAGACUCGGUGUAUGACUGCAUUGACCAUUUGCGUGCCGAAGAAGAAAAUUAUUUAACAGAACGCCAGGAACGAAUACAGUAUAUGGCACCGCGUGUAGAACCACAGCCUAUUUAUAAUCCGAUAGAACUAGAGAUAAAAGGAGCUCCAUGGCAGUUGGAUAUGUCAGAGGAUCAGUUCCCUUCUAUGGGUUCAACCCAACAGAAAACAUCAAAUCUUUCGGGUGCAUGGGGUGGUAUUAGACGGUUUUAA